AUGUCUUCACAGGGUUCACGAUCAGUUAGAAGGGAUACUCCUACUAUGUCAAUGCAGCAGUCAGGUGUUCAGGUUAGCAGUCCUCAGGCACAGGUACCACAGGGACGUGUUUUUGCACUAGCACAGACCUAUGCAUCUUCUGGACCGUCAGUUCUUCGAGGAUCAUUUCUAUUGGAAACUGUAAUUGAUGUCUUGAACAAAUUGGGCUCGAUGGCUGUUCAAGAGAUCGGACAGGCGUGGGGCGUGAAGGAUGAACUUGACAAACUCAAAAACCCGAUUUCUGUAUUCACAGCAGUACUUGCUGAUGCAGAGGAGAAGGAAGUAACCAACCAUGUAGUAGCAGACUGGCUCGAAAAGCUCAACGAUGCGGUUUAUGAUGCUGAACACUUGCUCGAAGUUAUGACUCAGAACAAAAGGCCAAGUUCGUCGGUACGUAAUUUAUUCUCAAUCUCAAACCCGCUUCUUGCUCGUAAUAAGAUGACUAGUGAGAUUAAGGCCAUUAGGGGGAGACUAGAUGCAAUUGCAGAAUUUAGUGACAGAUUUCAACUGUUUGAACAACCAAUAGAAAUGGGAGUUGAGAAUCGGAGGGUCAUUAUGGAGACUCACUCUUUUGUUGCUGCAAACAAUGUUAUUGGGAGGGAUGGUGAUAAAAUGGCAAUUAUACAACUGUUGUUAGACAGUAACAUUGAAGAGAAUGUGUCGGUGGUUGCAAUUGUUGGGAUUGGGAGAGUAGGAAAGACCACACUAGCACAGUUAGUAUUCAAUGAUGAAAGGAUCACCAAAUAUUUUGACCUUAAGAUGUGGGUGUGUGUCUCUGACCCCUUUGAUGUGAAUCUCAUUGCACAAAAAAUGAUAGGUUCUGAAGCAGGAGAAGUCCUUGAGGAGGGGGAAGAAUUGCGGAAUCACUUGAGGACAAAAAUUAAUGGAAACAAAUAUUUACUUGUGUUAGAACAUAUGUGGAAUGAGGAUCAUGAAAAUUGGUUGGAACUUAGUUCUCUGUUGAUGGGUGGUUCAAGGGGAAGUAAGAUUUUACUAACAAGCCAUUUUGAAUUAGUUGCAAAUGUUGCAGGUACAAAUUCACCAUAUUUUUUAGAAGGCUUGUCUGAGGAGGAAUCAUGA